AUGGCCUCCAUAUUCACUUUUGAUCCGGAUCCUCCGCGUGUUUCCAGCCCUUGGGCGAGAGCAACUCCUCCUCCAGAGGAGCAAUCACGUCCAAAACUCGCACAGAAAACGAAAAGUGUCGGACCGAUUCUCAUCUCCAAAAAAAGGAAAGACGACGAUGCUCUGUCUACGCUAGAUUAUAGCGCUAUCACGAGACUCGAGGCUGAGCCACAGGAAGGACCUACUGAGUAUAAACUACACUUGCUGCUUCGCAAACGCAGGUCUUUCACGAGCACCAGUACCGGGGGCCACGUCUCUGGGUCUCUACGUCGGAAUGAUAGUUAUGCUCCAGGCAAGCAAUCCGUGCAUAGUUUAAUUUCCAAUACACUGCCACCACUAGGCGCGACCCAAAGCCGGCAGCAUCGUCUGGAACAACUCACUACCCAGAUGCUAUGGCGCCUUCAACAGUCGUGUCCACACCACGGCUCUUCCUCUACAGCUGGAGUUCAGCUUCAAUUCCCGGACGAGGCAAGUCUCGCUGGCCCCGCGACGCCUCAACGACUGUAUCCUGGGCUAGAGGAGAGCAAAGGUGCGCUAUACGAAAUCGGUGUCGCUGAUGACGGUGAGCUGGUUGGACUUGCCGAGGAUGAGAUGGAAGAGUCGCUAAACAAUCUUCGCGCUAUGGCUGCUAGUCUGGGCUGCCAGGUCGAUGUAGUGCGCAUGUUGGCCGUCGGUGACUGCAAGUGGGUGGAGGGCAGAACACCGCGACAAUCGAAACUCCUGGUUGCCGAAGCAUACGUACACCCAGACCAUGUCUUGGUACAGCAAGAGUCUGAAGGAGAGAGUGACCAGAAUCCGCGCGCGACAGCACACGCGUCUCUACCUCAGCUGCGUAUUUCGCUUACAGGUGCAACGAUGUCCGGCAAGUCCAGUCUCCUUGGCACCCUCUCGACGGGAACAUUCGACAAUGGCCGUGGAAAGAGUCGCCUAAGUCUUUUGAAGCACAGACACGAAAUUGAGUCUGGAGUCACGAGCUCUAUAACGCAGGAAUUAAUCGGUUACGGAGAUCUACUUGAUCCAGAAGGUAUCCGGUCUCGGUCUCAGAUCAUCAACUAUGGCUGUACAGACAUAUCGUCGUGGUCAGAAAUUCAUGCGUACGCGGAGUCGUUGAGCGAAGGCAAGUUGGUCUUCCUGACCGACUCUGCAGGCCAUCCCCGCUUUAGACGUACCACGGUCCGUGGCUUAGUCGGCUGGGAUCCCCAUUACACGCUGCUGUGCAUUCCUGCGGAUAGCAAUGAGGACGCGCCAGGCUCAGGCUCAGGCUCAAGGGAGAAUCUCGCCUCUGCCGCCGAUCUAGAUUUGUCGGGUGAAUUACUUCGGUUAUGUCUGUCCUUGGAGCUCUCACUUCUGAUUGUUAUCACAAAGUAUGAUUUAGCCAAAAAGGCUGGACUCAAGAGUGUCCUCGCACGGGUGCUUUCCACGCUGAAAGAUGCUGGUAGGACAGGACGUAUCAUUGCGGAUCCUUCGACGCCGCCACUGAACGCCAGCCUCGAGACGAUUUCGGCUGCUGAAGUAUCGGAAGCAGAAGCCAUCGCACAACCAUUCGAAACAAUGCCUCUGGCAACUGUUCCCAUAGUUCUAACGAGUGCGCUCAGCGGGACAGGUCUGCGCAAGCUUCAUGCGCUAUUGCGAACGCUUCCAGUACCCACGACUACUACACCGCCUUCGAUUCCUCGCAAACGCUUGUUCCACAUCGAAGAUGUUUACACGAAUCCCUCGGGACGGAACGACGCCGAUAAGCCAACCAUUGUCGGCGGUCAUCUGAGCUUGGGCGAGUUGAACGUUGGUGACCAGCUUCUGCUCGGGCCAUAUCCUAUCGAUUCGAGUGCAGAUGACAGUGACUCUGGAAGUGGAGUGCCUUCCACACGCGACUCUCCAGUACCAACAUCGAGAUCGUACCCUGGUGCUCUACAGAAGAGAUCUACUGCGCACAUACAUGCGCGUACCGGUUCUAGCGCGCUGUUCGAAUGGCGGUCAGUUCGUGUCACAUCCCUGCGCAACCUCAGGCUUCCGGUGUCCACGUUGUACUCUGGACAGGUCGGCACCGUCGGUCUGGUGCCUAUCCACACUCCCAUCUCAAGCCCUGCCAUGGCCAGAGUCAGAAAGGGCAUGGUACUCUCCGAGCAAAGUCCUAAGGCGCAUAAAACUAUUACCGUCCAAUUCUCUGGCCCUCAAGCAGAAAGUGCCAAGGCAUUGACCGUCGGCAGCGCCGUGGUUGUCUUCUUCGCUAGCGUACGGGCCCCAUCGAAAGUGUUGUCGGUGACUCCGAUAGCAUCGACAACCGAGACUACGGCACCGCACGGUGAUAGUGCGGGGCUAGAAGACGAAGGAUGGUUCGGGUUUGAUGAGGACUCGGCUAGUGAUCUCGGCAACGGGGCUAGUGGAGGCGGUGCUACGCCUACGGCCGUGACCGCAUGUGUGCAAUUUCAAUUCAUUGGGGGCCGAGAAUUCGUCGAGGAUGGUGUGAAGGUGCUUGUCAUGCCCGGUGGAGGGCCUGGUCUGAGUGGAAGCAUCGAGAGGGGCGAGAAGGGAAUUGCUGGGUUGGAAGGAUUUGUGGGGAGGGUCGUCGACGAGAGCAUGUGA